CACACAUAUACUCCUUUUCUAGGUCUCUACGUCCUCUUCUUUUUGUGCCUGUUCGUGCGUCCAUAUUUAACUUAGUCAUCACCAAUCGUGUGAAUCAAACCACACAUGAUUGAUUUAUAGUAAUUUCAAUUUCAAGUUAUGUGUGUACACAACUGUAUUAAAUAAUUAAAAAUAUAUAUUAAUGUUUAUUUUAUUAAUGAUUUUAUCUGACUUCAUACUUAUUUCGAUUAGUAAUUAAUAAUUAUAAUUCAAUUCCUUUAUCACUCCAAUUAUUUAGUUGCAUGGGGCCUCUCAUGUCAAGCAAAAUUCAAACUUUAUUUGCUAGUGAACUUCAUGAAACUCCUAUAACUUGAACUAUCUUCAACACUAACUUCAUCACCACAACCACCAUUCCCCUAAAAGCUUCUUUUUGCCUUCUUUCUCCUUAACAUAGCUGACAAAAUCAACCCUCUCCCCACUUUCACAUUACUUUACUUUCUUCAUUUUGCACCCUCUUAACUUCUAUUAAUUUCCUCUAUCAUCACUCACACAUUCCUCUCCUUGUUCUUCUUUCUUCUUUUCAUCCUCCCUCACACUUCUUGCUUAGAUACAUUUUUUUUUUUUUUAAUUUUCUUUGUAUAACAAAAGGUGUACCUACGUUUGGAUUUGAUGGAGGGUCAACCUGCUAAACGAAGACGUGUAUACUCACUUGAACCCAACAAAGUGGAACAAGCAGUGUUUGCUAGGAACUACAUGAACUACUUGGUUCCAGCAUUGAUGAAGAUCAAGGAAAGAAGCUCUUCACAACACAGUGGCCAUUGUGAUGAUAUUCAGAAUGUUGUUAAGUACGAGGUGGACAUGGCAAUGGUGUACUCAGCCCAAGGUUAUGCAUGGAGCAAUGCUCUAAGUGUGAAGCUUCAAAGGGAUAGGGCCAAUGUAGAUAGUGAUGACACUAAGGCUGGUGAAGGCUCAUCAAAAAUUUGUGGCCAAAAUUGUGAUGAAAUGGUGCCAUUGAAUCAUUUCCCUUCAAACCCUAGUUUGAAGUCUAGUAAUAAGCGCAAGGACAUGCUAGAAAUCAAAAAGGGUUUAAGAGAAGAUGGUGAUGAAGAAAAUGAUGAAGUCAUCAAUGGCCAGUUGAAGAGCCUAAGAAGGUUGAUACCAGGGGGAGAAGAGAUGUGUAGUGAACAAAUGGUGACAGAGCUACAAAGCUAUGUAAGUUGUUUGCAAAUGCAGGUGAACAUUCUUCAGUGUCUCGCUGAGACACAUUGAUAUGAUUCAUUCAUAUGUAUCUGCUUUGCUUAUUAUUAUUGUUGUUAUUAUCUAUGUGUUUCACAUAUAAUAUAUAUUGACAAUUAUUAUCAAAUUAAGCAACUAUAUAUCUAUAUAAUAUGCUGUACGUUGUAUUGUGUUUUGAA